UAGUUGUACUGCUUCCUAGUGAAGCAGCCACAUAUCCCCAUCUAACUGAUAGGAGAGCAGAACACAAGGCCUCAUUCAUACUAAAACUAUACAUUGCUGUAAGCAUCAGUGUGGUUGCAUUAUAUAGACAUCACUUCACAGAUCAGUGAGUAAUUCGUAUUUUACAACCAUAGGAGCUUAUUAAAGCGGUUCCUUUUAUUAGCACGUGACUGCUCAUUAGAAAGAAGCGGAUUAACUGAGCAAUAACGAGCUGACGAGUGACAUUAAUUAUAGUGGCAAUAGGAGGUGUUCUAUCUGCCCUCCCAAUUAAAUGACUACUUAAGGUGCUAAUUAGGCGCGGUACACUGGUAGUGAUUAGUUAGUGGUGAGUAGAGCAGCCAUGGGCCGGGGUGCACAAGUUGUGUCCCUGUUGCUUGUCUUCUCGUGCACUUUCCAGGCAGUUUUUGGCCAGUUCCCGCGCGUGUGUAUGACAGUCACGGACCUGGUAGCCAAACGCUGCUGCCCUGCUCUGGGCCCUGACCCGGCUAAUGUGUGCGGCUCCCUUCAGGGACGGGGCCAGUGCUCGCCCGUGGUAGUGGAUGAGCGGCCGUGGAGUGGACCUUACACCCUACGCAAUGUGGAUGACCGGGAGAGGUGGCCGCUGAAGUUCUUUAAUGCUACGUGCCGGUGCACAGGAAAUUAUGCUGGGUACAAUUGUGGUGACUGUAAAUUUGGCUGGACUGGACCAAACUGUGACCAGAGGAAGCCUCCUGUUGUUCGGAAGAAUAUCCAUUCUUUAACUCCUCAGGAGAGGGAACAGUUUCUGGAUGCUCUUGAUCAAGCAAAGAACACCAUUCAUCCUGACUAUGUGAUUGCUACUCAGCACUGGCUCAGUCUUCUUGGGCCAAAUGGCACAGAACCGCAAGUGGCAAACACCAGUAUCUAUAACCUCUUUGUGUGGCUUCAUUACUACUCUGUGAGGGAUACACUACUAGGGCCUGGGCGUCCGUUCCGUGGUAUAGACUUCUCUCACCAGGGACCUGCUUUUGUUACUUGGCACAGAUAUCACCUGCUACUAUUUGAAAGAGAUCUACAGAGAAUGCUUGGCAAUGAAACCUUUGCUUUACCAUACUGGAACUUUGCUACCGGCAGCAAUGAGUGUGACGUAUGUACAGAUGAGUUGUUUGGUGCACCAAGAAUUGAUGACCCCAAUCUGAUCAGCCUUGGCUCUAGGUUUUCACGCUGGGGAAUUGUGUGCAAUAGUUUGGACGAUUACAACCGUUUGGUCACUCUGUGUAAUGGAACUAAUGAAGGCUUCAUUCAGCGAACUCCAAUAGAAAGAUCUGGGACCAGACUACCGACUAUGGAUGACGUACAAAAGUGUCUCUCACUUCCAGACUUUGACAAUCCUCCUUUCUUCAGAAAUUCCUCUUUCAGUUUCCGGAAUGCCCUGGAAGGAUUUGAUAGCCCAGAUGGAAUAUUUGACUCUCCUGCAAUGAACCUUCAUAACCUGGUACACUCAUUCUUAAAUGGGACAAAUGCUUUGCCACACUCUGCUGCCAAUGACCCUAUUUUUGUGGUGCUUCACUCAUUUACAGAUGCUAUUUUUGAUGAGUGGAUGAAACGCUUUAAACCAAGUGAUGCAGAAUGGCCUCAAGAACUGGCACCAAUAGGGCACAAUCGCCUGUACAACAUGGUUCCAUUCUUUCCUCCAGUAUCCAAUGAUGAACUUUUCCAACCAGCUGAACAAUUAGGAUAUACAUAUUCUGUCGAGUUGCCAGCAUCUGAAGACUCGCGAGCUGUUGCUGUUAUAGUUGGUUCCACUGUUGGGGGUGCGCUUCUUGCUCUGCUUCUUCUUAUGCUGCUGCUUGUCCUAUUCAUGCACCGUAAACAAAAACAAGGCUUUGAGCCAUUGCUGAAUGCAAGAUAUGACACCACCAGAUACACUGAGGAGGCUUAGAUGUCUGCUUCUGGCUGUAUAAUAAUCUUGUGUAUAAAAUGUUAUAUACAUACCUGUAGGGGUCACACUAGAAUGAACAACUUCUAUGGCAGCAAAUCCCACUGGUAAUCCAGUGACUAUGUAAAUAAUUGCAUAAACCCGAGUUUUCUAAUGAAAUUACAUGCUUCUUUAAGAGCAUGUCCUUUUUACUUUACUGACCCUACCUUACUACAUGCUUAACUCCUGGACAAUGGUUAAAAAUUAUGUUAAGGCCUACUUGGGGACCACAAUAUGCAGAUUGUGUUGUCAGCCAAUCUAGAGUGGCAGUUUCAUAUAGCUUCCAAUUACCUCAUGUGUCCUAUGGAGCUUCUAUGUUUGUAGUGCCUGAUGGGGACUUAAGCUAUGUGUGUAACCUUUUUGCAGGACUUGCGUGCGCGCGCACACAUAGUAAGAUUUGAGUCAGUAAUGCAAAAAGCUACAUGCUCUAAGGAAUUAGAAGAUGUGAUGUCUGUAUGAGAAUAUGCCUUUUAAGUCCGUAGUAUUGAUCUGUUUCUGGGUGAAAGUUAAUAUAGCACAAACCUUGUAUAAAUACAUUGUACAAGGUUUGUGAUGUAUUAAGUUUCAUCCAUAACCUUUGUGCAUUAUGACAUUAAUUUAAAAGUAGUUAAGCUAAAUAUUAAAAGUAGGUUUGUCUUUCCUGCUUCCCCCCCCCCCCCCCAAAAAAAAUAAAGACUGGUAAAAAUG